AUCAGUACCAUGCUGCGAGGUGUCGGAUGAAGAAAAACAUGUCAGAACUCUGCUCCACUGAUGGUUUAGGGGGAAGAGCGUCCAUCCCUUUGGACAUAGACAACGUUCACCUGCUGCUACAAGUGGAACAAGAGCAGAUCCAGAAGAGAACCUUCACCAACUGGGUCAAUGUUCAGCUGUCGAAGCGGAGGCCACCAUGUUUGAUUGUAGACCUGUUCAACGACUUCAGAGAUGGCUCCAAACUGUUGGACCUGCUGGAGGUGAUGAGUGGUCAGCGCCUGAGUCGGGACAGAGGCCAGGGGACGUUUCAGCACAGGAGUAACAUCCAGAAGGCUCUCUCCUUCCUCAAAACCAAAUCAGUCAAAAUGGUGAACAUAAACAUUCCUGACAUCAUGGAGGGGAAACCGUCAAUCAUCCUGGGUCUCAUAUGGACCAUCAUUCUGCAGUACCAUAUCGAGGAGCUGGCCAGCUGCCUGUCCUUUGACUCCCGUCAAUCGUCGGUGGAGUCUUUGGCCAGUCUGGACUCCCGCUCCAGUCGCUCGACAAGCAGCAGUCCAGUUCCACGCAGAGGCUCACCUCUUCAUCAACGCUUCAAGGUUUCUGCCAAGAAGGCUCUGCUGCUGUGGGUGCGAGACCAGUGCCAAAUAGCCGGCUGUUCAAUAAAUGUCAAAGACUUUAAGGUGAGCUGGAGGAGUGGCGUGCUGUUCCUCGCCAUCCUGAACGCUUUGCGACCCGACCUGGUGGAUCUGUCCAAAGCCAGAACCAGGAGCAACAAGCAGAACCUGGAGGAAGCGUUCCACAUUGCAGAGAAGGAGCUCAAGAUCCCCAGACUGCUGGACCCGGAUGAUGUGGACGUUCGAGACCCCGAUGAGAAGUCCAUCAUGACCUACGUGGCUCAGUUCCUGCAGUACUCCAGAGACCUGCCAGUCCAGGAGGAGAUGCAGACCCAGUUUCUGACUCCUCCUACAAGCCCCUCACCUGUCCGUCUACCUGUUCACUACACUCCUGCUGUUUCUGCUUCACCUCUGCGACAGACGACAGGUGAUGGGAAAGUGAAGGAGGUCACCUGCUGGCUCCGGCAGGCCUACGAUGAGCUGCUGGAAGGAUGGGACUCAACAGAAGGAGAAAGUUACUCAGAGAGAUAUCACGUGUUUCAGACGUUUCUGGUGUCCUUUAAUGAACAGCGCCGUCCCAUCAUGCCUUUACUGACCGCCAUGAGACGAGCGCCAAAGCUCAGCCAGGAGCAACGAGCUCUCAGAGAGGCCUGGGACUCCAUCAACCAAAAGCUUCAUGAAUACAGAAUAGAGCUGGACAUGAGCCUCCCACCCCCGCUGGACCUGGUGGCCCGCUGGUUGUUGAGGACAGAGGGGGCUCUGUCUGAGGAACAGGGGGACCCUCAGGACCACGGCAGUGCUGCUGAUGAAGCCCGGGAGAAACAGGAGCUGCUSAGAGUUUGUUUGGAGGAGAUGCCACAGCACUUCAGAACGUUCCAGUCCUUCAGAAACCUGGACGAAUAUGGAAACCUGAUGGUUCCUGCAGACAAGAUGGAUGAGAUGAAGAGGAGAUUUACUGGAGUCAGAGUCACUGCCAAGUACCACGGCAUCAAGCUGGAGUACCGGGAGCACCACCACACAGUUCUGGACCUGCUGGGUCAGAUCAAGGCCAAGCUCCGGAYCUGGAAGAGACCGUAUAUUUCUCCAGAAGCUGUCAGAGUGUUGCUGCAGGAAUGGAAUGAGCUGGUGAACAAACAGGAGCUUCCUUCUUUGUUGGAAGCUGCUCUUGGGAAGCUGAAGCAGAUCUCUGAGAAAUAUUCCAGUAAAUCUGCCCUCGCUGCAGAUUACCACAGUGUCAGUCAGCAGGUGAAGCAGCUCGAGGACAACACUCUGCUGCUUCUGGAGGAAGUGACGUCAACAAAGAGCAUGAUGGGUCGGGUUCUGUCURCCUGGGAAUCGUACAGUGACUGCAUGAGCUCCAUUCAGGCUUGGCUUCAGCAGGGAUCAGCAACACACAGCAGAGGAAACGCAACAACGGCCAGAAGAGCUGAGAGCAGCGCAGAGGUCCAGGUAAACUCUCAGGACCUCCAGGCUUUGAUCAGAGAGGCCACACUGGUCCUUAAAGAGCCUCUGCAGGCCAUGGCAGCUCCUUUACGCACCUACAGGAAGAGACUACAGUUCACUAUGAGGAAGAUAAAAGAAGUGGACCUGGAGGCUCUUGGUUCCUCUCCAGAAUUUCCCACUGAUCAGUUAGAAAAACUGAGACUUGCAGUUCCUGAAGUGAUGCAGACUUUGUUCGAGGCAGAGCAGGUUUGUGCAGAGAUGCAGCACAGUGUAUCUGGGUUGGACACGAGAUUAGCUGAGCUCCUCCUCUGGGAGAUGGAGGCCAGAGAGCUGUACGAGCUGCUGAGGGCUGCAGAUCCACGACCCAAACAGCAAGGCCAAGACCCCAGAGCCAGGCUCACAAUUUCCCGUGGUCUGCAGCUGGAGGGUCAGGUGGUCACAGAGGAGCAGGACCUGCAGGUUAUAGUCAUGACGAGUCAGAAGAACUCGCCCAUGCAGUACCUUCAUGCUUCUGCCAUGCAGGAACGAGUUCAAGCUGCUGUGGCCCAGUGUCAGGAAGCGAUUGGUAUGCUCAGCAGCCUGGGAGCUCGAAGGGAAAGAAGCAGAAGUCCUUCAGAGGCAGGUCCUCCUUCAAAGGUCUUUAUUCAAGAGAAAACCAAACCUGAACAUCUGAGACCCUCAGACACCAAGCUGCCAACUCAGGAGUCUGAGAWCUUUCUGGGUCCACAUCACAGUGACACUAACUUUUUGCCAAAGAUAGUAGUUCAGGAAUACAGAGAAGAAAAAAUGGCAUCUCCACCGAUGCUCUAUACCUACGCUCAAGCUGUGACUGGAACAAGGUCUUCACCUGAGGAACCAAGUCUGGAUUCCCAAGAGACUGCUGCACAAAACCCACAGAAAACUCAACAUCAAGGCCCAAUACCACAGCAGUUCCUGCAACAAGAUCCUUCCAGGCAAACAGCAACUGAAACAGAAGAGCAACAACCCAAGCUCCAGCAAUCAGUUAAAAUUAAGAAACAACAAGAAAUGUUGUAUGAAGAACCAGAACCACAGCAGCACAAACCAGACCAGGAACACCAUCAAAGUGAACAGCUGAUGGUUACAAAUCUUAAAGAAAAGACAGAAGGAAAACAGAAAACAGAGCUCCACGAGAAAACUUCACAUCAGCAACUAAGUGUCAAGAAACCGUCUCUGAGCUCACAAGAGCUUCAGAGCCGAAAGGCUCAGGCCAYGAAGAACCGACCCUGGCUGCAAAAAGGUGACAAGAAAACUCCAGGUCCACAUAUAGGACAAGAGCCUGCUCAGGCUCCUAAUCAGACCAAACAGUUAAAAACAGCGUCUGGUACUCAGGUAGUCUCACAUCAAUCAUCAACUGGUAGGAAACAGCCUGAAUCACACACAAAACACACUAAGGAGACACAACAAGUGCAAGAAAAGCAACAAAAAGAAGCUCAGCAACAAAGAGAAACACAGCAACRUCAGCAAGAAAAAGAGCAGCAGCAACAACAAAAGCAGCUUCAGGACUUCAAAAGGCAACAAGCACACCCAGUUGUAAGACAGGCCAAACCAGAUUCACACACCAAGACUAAACCCUGGACAGUGACUGRGACUCAGUCUAACAAAGAAAGAAAAACCCAGAAUCAGUCCCAACCCAACAUGCAGUCCAAGUUUCAGUCUGAUGUCAAAGUGUCCCUCACUGGUGUGUCUCACUCWUCUACAGAGAGCCAACAGACAACAACAACAAGCUUCUCACAAACUGGAAUGAUUGAAAGUCAGUCACAGAAACAAACUCUUUCAAAGCCUCAUACCUCUACAAAAAAACAGGCCCUCUCCCAGACAUCUGUCCCUGCAGUAUCUCAGCUUCUGCCACAGCCUCAGAGUCCAGCCCUUGGUCCACCUGUUGCUCAAGUUCAGACAUGGACACAGAUCAGUCCUUCUUCUCCUUUUCCAGGUCUCAUUCAGCCCCCUGUGCCAUCCCACAUUCAGCUUCGGACUCAUCCACAGUCUUGGGCCCCUGUCAGGCCACCUUCUCCUAAACCACCAACACAUGACCAACCUGAGACCAUUGAUCAGGCAAAAACCUUUGCUCAAACUCACCCGCAGCUCAGAGAUCGUCAUGAAACCUGUUCUGAGCUGAAAACUCAUUCUGAAAUCAAUGUAAGGUCCAAGAACUUGCCUCAGAUCCAUUCAAAGUCAGGAGGAGAUGCUUGGGUUCCUCCUCAGACUCAUGUUCACAAGACCAACCUUCAAACCAAUAAUCAGUCCAUUGCCCAAGUUCAAAGUCAUGUUCAGCAAGUAGCAAAGCCAAGUGACCACCAGCCACCAACUYGCCAUCAAACAAAGGUUCAGCCUAUGGUCCAUCUUCAGGACCGUCCAGUUCCUGAGCCUUUGACUCAUUCUCAACCUCCAGUUCUACACCAURGACUUCCUACAGGCCCUCAUCAGGACCAUCCAGUUCCUGACCCUAAUACACGUUCUCAACCUCCAAUCCUACAGCACGGUCUUCCUACAAGCCCUCGUCAGAACUUUCCAGUUCCUGACUCUAUGACUCUUUCUCAACCUCCAAUUCUGCAUCAUGGUCUUCCUACAGGCCCUCGUCAGGACCAUCCAGUUCCUGACCCUAAAACUUGUUCUCAACCUCCAAUCCUACAGCACGGUCUUCCUACAAGCCCUCGUCAGGACUAUCCAGUUCCUGACUUUAUGACUCUUUCUCAUCCUCCAAUUCUGCGUCAUGGUCUUCCUACAGGCCCUCAUCAGGACCAUCCAGUUCCUGACCCUACAACUCGUUCUCAACCUCCAAUCUUGCAGCAAGGUCUUCAUUCCCAGGGUCAUCUGCAGGCCUGGACUCCAGUUCAAGCCUCAUCUUUGAUGUCACCUCAGCAUCUUCAGACUGCAGCUCAACCUCAACUUUAUCACCAGGGCUACUCCCAGUUCUUAUCUCAGCAUUAUGCAGAAAAACAGGAGUCACAAAGUCAGGCCAUUGUCCAACAGAGACAUCCUGUUUCACAGUUAUACCCUCAAGUGCAAGGUACCAUGUCUAAGGCCUUCCGAGCAACUCCGGAUGUGCCACAGUGGCCCCAGCAAGGGCCUCAGGUCACUCCCCAUAGGUUUUCCCACAUGUCUUAUACUCAGCCUCAAAUCCAUCUCCAGGCACAUACUCAGACAUGGUCUCCCUCCCAACCUCAAAUUAACCUCCAGAGUCCUGUCCAACUCAAACCCCACCAACCAUUUCAUCCAGUCCAAACAGAACAAGGUCAUGUUCACCAGCAGAAUUGGGUUCCAGCCAUGCCACACAUUCAGUCCCAGCCUUAUCACCAUCCUCAGACUCAGCAGUAUUUAACAGUUCAGCAUACAACUCAGAUCCAAACUCAAACAACUUCUCAAUCACAACCACCACACCAGGUCCAGUGUCAGCUACCUUUACAGGGCCCACUUCAAACUUUGCAGGCCCAAUCCCAAACUGGUAUCCAGAUUCAGACAGGACUGCAAGCUGAGCUUUAUAUCAAGCCCUCUUCAGAGCCCAAACUCUCCCAACUCCUGCAACCUCUGAUGGAGGAAAACAGUUCAUCAUCUCCACUAUCCAAUCCUCUGGUCAGAGCAGGGUUUGAGUUAACAGUCCAACCAAAGGUACCAUUAACAAUCCAGUCCAAGUCUGAAUCAGAACCAAAACCCCAAUCCAUGCUACCUAAACCUGUUCCAUCAAGUACAGUGACAGUGGUCAAAUCUUUAACCGAACUUGGUAAGCAAAAACAAGCAGAUAUUCAGCCUUCAUGUAAAUCAGAACCUUUGGUUCAACUACCUGCUAAAUCCUCGGGUGAGUCACCACAAUCUCAGGUAACAAGUGAGCCCCUGGUAAUGAUGCCUACCCAGGCCCAAAAUGAGUCCCUGGUUCUGACCCCAGCCAAAUUUGAAGAUGAAUCGUCAUUGCUGUCCAAGUUGCAGAUUGAAACCCCAACACAACCUGUGGUUCAGUCACUUAUUCAGCAUAAUAUUGACUUAACAAUACAACCUAAGGUCCAAUCAAUGACUCAACCCAAACCUGAGGCACAGUUACCACAGACUCAGUUAUCAUCCUUACCCAAACYCCAAUCACCUCCAAAGUCCAAAAUUCAGAGCGAAACCCCAACAAAACCUGUGGUUCAAUCACCAAUUCAACAUAAAUCUGACUCMUUCCCUCAACCAAAGGGCCCAUCCAUGUCUCAGCCCAAACCUGAGGCACUACCCCAAACACCUACACAAUACAAGACUCAGUCCCCACCACAGACUAGACUUCAGACUCAACCACUUCCACCAUCAAACCUUCAGAUCCCAUCUGAAUUGCAUCACAAACCUCAUCAGCAACAAAGCAGUCCUGUAUUUCAGGUCCCUCAGAUCCAAGCUGAAUCCCUAGAUGACCUCAUCAGAUCUCCUGCUUUGGCUCAGGCUCCUCCUCAGGCCUACACAGAGGCCUACAUCAAGGCUCGGGCUCUGGCUAUGAACGGCUUUGAGGAAGCCAAGCACUGCCUGCAGGCACACAUCCUGGAGGCCAUCUCUGUCUUUAAAGACAAAUGUUUGUCAGCUGAGCAAGCAGCCGUUAAAGAGGAGACUCUGAGGACUCUGGACCCAGAACUGCUUGAGGAGUUCCUGAGAGCAGCGAAGGGCAUGGAGGCUUUUUGUACUCCAUCACAGCUCCAAGACAUGGACUCCUUCACCCAGUCUGUCAGGACACAGUGGGAGGCUGUGAGAGCUGAAAUCUCAGGCUUUUUGCAUCAGUUACGCUUUGAAGUAACAAGGAAAGGUUUUAAUUCAGCUGCCCUGCGGUGUGAGAUGCACUUAGCCUCCUGCUUAAACAAACAGGAACAGGCCUGCUUCUCAGCAGACUUUACUGAGGCUGAGCAGCACCUUCAGGCCCUGAAGGGUCUAUGUGAUACUCUGAGCCCGGAGGAUUCUCACCGCCUGGCCCAGACCCAGCUGAUGGAGUGUGAAACCAGGCUGGCUGCCAUCCAGCGUCAGUUCAGUGGAGACCAAGAUGCUCAACACCCUGAGUCCAGGAUUUAUUUAGCUCUUGGUGAAGAUCUGAACUCCCAAAGGAGACCUAAAAAACUGAGUGACAAACCCCAGAUCUCAGUGGAGGCUCCUCAGCUGAUGGUGCAGACACCUGAGAUAGAGCAGCAGGCGUCUGCAGAAGACGGGGAUAAGAAGGAAGCGUUGGAAAGAUAUGAGGUCUGCAAACGGACUCUGCAGGUCCAUCUGGCUAAAAUCGAACAGAGUUUCAAAGAGAUUCCUUCUGACUCUGUUUCCCUGAAGGGUCUGCACACACGGCUCCAGGAACUGCAGUUCCUGCGGCAGGAGACUGAGUCUCUGUGGUCUGACUUCGAGACCCAGUGCUCCCAGCUAAGCGGGGUCUCCUCUGUGGAGCAGGAGAAGGCUGAGCUGCAGGAGAAGUGGCGCAGCCAGCAGCAGAACCUUCAGAGGAGAGGCAGUUCUCUGGGUUCUGCUCUCAGACAGAUCGACUCCACUGAGAACCACAUGGUGGACUUCAGCGAGCGGCUGGACCGGUACCUGAGACAGCCCAAAGACAUCAGUGGUUUCAGCCUGUCCAACAGCAACAUCCUGAAGGACAUCAAGGAACUGGAUGACAACAUUCAAAGUGAGCUGGACCAGCUGUCCCGACUGGACCCUGAGUCCAGCAUCCUUGACCCCAGAGAAUUCUUCCCUCUGACUCGAGAGGUGGAGACCCACAGAUCCAGUCUGGACCAGCUCCGCCAGCAGGUCCGGAAGAGCGAGGCAGCCGCUCGCGCCCUCGACCGUUUCCUCAUGUCCCUGCGCACUGUGGAGGAGGACGUGUCCGGAGUCCAAGCUGGUCCCUGCAGCGACUCCGUGGUUCUGCAGGACUGUCGGACCAAGCUGGCACUGAUCAGACAGAGCAUCGACAGUCUGAAAGACAAGGCCCCUCAGCUGGACCUGCUCCUGCAGGGGGCCCGGCUCACCAUCACCAGGGACGGAGCCCCGGCCUCCUGUCUGGACAUGGUGACGGUCCUGCUGAGGAGGCUGGAGAACGCUGACAGAGGACUGGUCAACCAGCAGAGAGGCCUCCUGAAGGAGACUCAGUCCAGGUCUCUGGGUCUGAGGAAGAGAACCGUGCUGGGGGAGCUGAAGAGGCUCCAAGAAACGAUUGAAAACCAGAAUCUGAGAGAGCCCACCAUCCCUGCUGUGCAGCACAUGCUUCGCUCUCUGUCAGACCUGGAGGUCCAGCUGCAGGAUCAACAGUCUGAGCUUCAGAGCCUCCGAGAACUGCAAGAAGCACAAGGAGGAGGAGAGAACCUCCUUCAAGACCUGGAGAGCCAGUGGGAGGAGUCUCAGAGAGUUUUCUUUGACAGACGGAAGCAGUGCAGGGUUGUUUUGGACCUUCUGAAGAAGUUUCAGACGUGCCGUGGUCACCUGAGCAGCGUGCUGCAGAGAGCUGAGCAGACCCUCACUGAGACCGCUUCUUAUGUGGGCAAAGACAACCUGCAGAGAACCAUGAUGAAGGUGUGUGACGUGAAGAAGGAGCUGGGGGGUCUCAGUGAGCAGAUGGAGGACAUGAGGGGGGUCUGCAAACAGCUGCACUCAGAGCUCAGCAAGUUCCCCGACUGCAGCAACACAACCUUUGAAGCUGAGACCCACACACUCAUGGACAGCUGGCUGGAUGUGACUGAGAAGACAGACGUCUACCUGGACAACCUGCAGGUGGGGGUGGAGCUGUGGGACAAGCAGCUGAUGCUGGGGGGACAGGUGGAGAAGUGGGCCGGAGCCAAGCUGGCCCUGUUUGCAGCAGGUCAACCCUUCCACAGCCAACAAGAUGUUCUUUCCAUGAAGGAGGACAUCCACAGCAACCAGGAACACAUCGAGCAUUUCCACAAGAAGUCUGUGGAGAUCCAGGAGAUGCUGCAGAGUCAGGAGGCUCCUCUGGAGCUGCAGGUGAUGGAGAGCCAGCUGAGGAAGAGGAUGGAGCAGGUGAAGGAGCUGUUCACUGACUGCACAGAUGUGUUUGAGGAGCUUCUAGCUGUGAGGAAACAUCUGUGUGAGAAGAUCCAGAUGUGUCAGACAUCUGUGGAGAACAUCCAGGGUUGUGUGAGUCGGGUCGAUGCUUCAGAACCAGCAGCAGAAGCUCAGAUCCAGGAUGUGUGUGAGGAGCUGCAGGCUCAGGAGGACCAGGUCCACGCUGUGCUGACAGAGCUGGCUCUGGUCUCCAGGGUGGCCAGUCCAAAGGUUCUGGAGGAACUUUCUGCUGACUGCAGCAGAGUGAAGGAGACCAUCGCUCAGACCAGAGACCUGAUCCACCUGAAGAGAGAGGAACGAGACAAAGACCUGCUGACCAUCAUCAACGAUGAAAGAGAAUCGUUUGAGGAACAUUUCCAGGAGGUCCAGAUGUCCGUCAAUGAGUGCUUUGAGAACCCUGAGAGCAGGAGUGAUGUGGAAAGCUCCGUGCAAAGACUGCAUAGUCUCCUGGAAUCUCAGGACACAGAGAGACGUCUGGGUCAGAUCCAGGAUCGGCUGCAGAGAUGGAGCCAGCAGGUUUCUCCUCAGCACACGUCUGAACUGGACGUCUGGCUGAAGGAGCAGCAGGAGGAGGUGGGCACAUUCAGAACCCACUGCCACAACCGGCAGGAACAGAUGGAGUCUCUCCUCAGAGACCUGGACAGUCUGCAGGAGCAGCAUGAGAGACUGGAUGAGUGGCUGCAGAACAAAGAGAAACAGUGUGUGCUGUCAGAAGAUCACACACUUCUUCUGAAGGAGCUUCAGGAUGAAAGCGGUCGAGCUGAGGCUCUCUGUCAGCUCUUAGCUUCGAUACGUCGACAAGGAGUUCGAGCUGAAAACAUCCUGAAGGAUGGAGACAACCUGUUACAGCGGAUCAGAAACCUGGAGAGCCGUCUGAGRGGGCAGGUCCAGGCCCGCAGAGUCCUGCAGGAAGACCACAGCAGCUGUAAAGCUCAGGCUGACAGAACCAGGACCUGGAUCAGGGACCUGUCAGAAUCACUUGGCUCUGCUGUUUCACACUCUGACAUGGAGGAGAUGAAGGACGCAGCUCAGACUGUCCUGAAGUCCAGAGCUGAGGGCCAGUCCAAGCUGGAGAACCUGAGAGCUGAAGUGAAGCAUCUGUGUGAGCAGGACCAGCUGCAGGACCAGCUGCAGGACCAGCUGCAGGACCAGCUGCAGGACCAGCUGCAGGACAACGAGACACAGGAAGUCCAGCUGCUCCUCAAAGACACAGAGAUGGAGUGGAGGACGCUCCUGCAGGCUGCAGAGGACGCUCUCUGUAAGGCUGAGACUCAGGUUCUACUAAACAAACAGUUUGAUGGUUUCCAGAGCCAGAAUCAAAGUGUUGAGUCCUGGAUCAGAGACCAGAAUGAGGUCCUGGCAUCUCUAGGUGACCACAUGCAGGUGGAAGAGAAGCUGCAGGUCAUACAGACUGUUCUGAGCUGCAGGUCUGAUGGAGAGUCCAGGCUUCAGGAUCUGAAGGACCAGGGUCAGAGUCUGAGAGAACACCAGGAGCUGAAGGACAGCAGGAGGCAGGAGGUCCUGGAUGCUGUCAGACACACAGAGGAGCAGUGGUGGGAGGUCUUCCAGACUGCUGAGGAGGUUCUGAACCAGGCAGAGACCCAGGCAGCCUCUGAGAGAGACUUCGACACUGUCAGAAACCAGAAUCAGGUCUUCAAGUCUUGGAUCAAGGAGCAGAAGCAAAAACUGUUGGCUCUUAGUUCUCAGAUGCAGUUUGAAGACAGGUUUCAGAUAAUCCAGGAGGUCCUGCUGUCUGAACCUGAAGGAGAAGCUCAGCUGCUCCACCUGAAGCUGCAGGCUGAGCACCUGUGUGAGAACCUGAGGGAGGACAGGAGACAGGAUGUGGAACAGCUGGUUUCCUGUUCCCAGCAGCUGUGGAGAACCGUCCUGCAGGCCACCAGACAAGCUGAGCUCCAAAGUCUCUCAGAGGAUUUAGAUUCUCAGAGUAAAACCACCGAGUCCUGGAUCAGAGAGCGACACCAGAAACUGCAGUCAGAGGGAGAUCCACCUGAAGAGAGACUCCGCACAGCACAGAGAGUUUUGAGCAGCAGACCUGAGGGUGACAUCCAGGUGAACAACCUGAGGAGGCGGGGCCAGACUCUGUGUGACCAUCAGGAUGCUGAUGAGGCCAGGAAGCUGCAGGUUCAGCAGACAGUUAAAACCACGGAGGAGCAGUGGAAGAUGCUACUGCUAACUGCUAAAGAAGUGGAAGCUGCUGCAGCUGCAGAGAUCAGCCAGGAGUCAGAGAGGAAACAGGUGGAGAUGAGGAUGUUUGAGUCCCAGCAGCAGGACACUGAUCUGUGGCUGCAGGAGCUCCAGCAGCAGCUGAGCUGUGUGAGCAGCUGGACUUCACCUGAGGAACGACUGCAGGCAGCUCAGUCCAUCAUGAGCUCAAAGACUGAAGGAGACUCCAGGAUCCAGGAGCUCAGGAGUCGGGCUCAGACUUUGUGUCGUGAAGAUGAAACGUUCCAGCAGAAAGCCCGAGCAGCUGAGGAGCAGUGGAGGAGCCUUCAGCAGAAGGUCAGAGAAGCUGUGAGGGAAGCUGUCCACGCUCAGCUGAGGAGCUUUGAAGCCCUGAGAGGAACCACCUGCAGCUGGCUGCAGGACAGGCAGCACAGCCUGUUCCCUGCACACGCUCAGACUGAUCCACAACAGACCAUCAAGUCUGCUCAGGACAUCCUGAGCCGUAAACCUGAAGGAGACUCCAGACUGAUGGAGCUACAAACACAGAGCAGACAUUUGUCCCAGCUGCAGGACGUGGAGGACCACCUGAAGCUAGAGGUCCAGCACAAAGUCCAAGACUGUGAGGAUCUCUGGCAGACCCUCCUGCAGACCGCUGAGGAGGCUCUGAAGGAAGCUGAGGUCCAGUACUCUCUGUCCCGGGAGCUGCAGUCCUUCUGGGUCCAGGCAGACAGCUCAAAGACUUGGCUCCAGAACCUGCAGGGCCGAGCUGAGUCCAUGAAGGGAGGGACUCGGAGCAGCAAGGUUCAGACAGAGGAGAGGCUGGUCACAGCCCAGAACAUCCUGAGCUCCGAGUCCCACGGUGCCGCCCAGCUGAUGGAGCUGAAGAACCGAGUCCAGAGUCUCUGUGAGCACUCAGACCUGGACCARGACAAGAAGGAGGACGUUCAGAGGACAGUCAGAGACAUGGAGACWCAGUGGAGGACAAUUGUCCAAACUGCUGAAGAGACACAGAGACUCUUACAGACCGUGCUGGACCAGAUGCUGUCCUUUGAGGUCAAACGAGACCAGGCUGAGGCCCAACUGGCUGAGCUCCAGAACCAGACGUCCAGUCUUCCACGUGUCUUCUCCUGGCCAGGCCUGGUGGAGCGAAGGCAGGCUGUGGAACAGGCCCGGACCCUCCUGAACCAGGCUAAAGCCUUGGGCCCUGUUCUGUCAGAUCUGAGGACAGAGGCAAAAGAGAUGUUUGAAAGGACYGGAGACCAGAGUUGGACAGAUUUGUCCUCAGCAGCUAAAGAAGAAUCCAUCUCUGCUCUGGAGACAGAACUAACUGAUGUGCUGGACCAUCUGGGGAAAGGGGUUGUGGCGGAGCGGCACUUCACUCAGCUGAUGGAGCAGCACAAGGCAGCUCAGGAUUGGCUGAGGGAACACGUCAGAGUCCUGGGACCGCCUCCAGCUGACAGACAGGCUCUUCAGAACACCACCAGCACCCUCAAGGCUCUGCUGCAGACACUCGACAGAGAGCAUCGAGAGAUGAAGGACCUGGACUCUGCCAAGGACACUUUGUUGAGCUUCUGCAGCCCUGGAGGUCAGGACGCUCUGACCCUGAAGGUCAGCCAGCUCCAUGACCUCUGCAGCAGCUCGGAGCAGGAGGUGAGGCAGCAGCUGAUCACCUGCGAGGCGCAGGUAGAGGAGACGGACCGUCAGCUGGCUCGGGUUUCUGAGGGUCUGAAGGAGGCGGCARCAGCUCUGCAGUGGGAGCUGCGCUCUCUGGACCAGGCUCUGAGUUACAGCGAGCCUCAGGACAACAUGGCUCAGCUGCAGCAGCACUGGAGCAGCCUGCAGCAUUGUGAGAAAUCUCUGGAUGAUUUGGGUCAGAAAGUUUCUAACCUGCAGCAGGAAGUGACCUCAUCAUCUUCCACCAAUGAGCUACCAGCAGACGUCAUGAGAACUGUUGAAUGUUUGUGUCAACAACACACCAGUUUAAAGUCCAGGCUGAGUGAACAUCAGGAGAGCUGCAGCAGAAACACAGCUGGGUGUCUGAAGGACAGUCUUUAUGCUCUGCAACAAUGGAACCAGAGCAAACCAGCAGAUUCAGCUUCUGCCAUUCAGGUGUCCUUACAAGAAGCAGAAAGGUUGCAGCACAGCCUGCAGGAGGCCUUCUCCCACCAUCAUUUUCUAUCAGCCUGUUUGACAGUCGAGCUGUUCCAAACCCUGCAGAAAGACAGUUCAGAGUCCUGCAGACAGGCAGACCUACACAAGUCUUCUCUUACUCACAGAUUGAAGGAGCUUGAGAGGAACAAACAGGCAGUGGAUGUUUUUCCUGAAAGUCUGCAGGAAACAAACAGAUCUGUUGUGGCACCUCCACGGAAAAGCAAACAAUUGACUGAGAAGUGUCAGAUUAAAGCACAACAAAACAUUUCUUUAACUGACAAACUUACACCUGUUCAGGGUGACUCCUCAAUUGCUGUUGAGUCCGUACAGAUUGAAGUUCAAACCCAGAAAUCCAGAGAGGAAGCAGUCGGAGAAAUUACAGGAAAUGAAGGUGUGAAAAAAGAAACGUCCCUUGUACCAUCCAGGAAGAAGUCAAAGUUAUCAGUCAGAGAAAAGGAGGCUCCCAGCCAGAAGACAGAGUCUGACCUGAUGAAAAGUUUACCUGAUGAGCAGAAUCUCCCUCCAUCCUCUGCUGCUCAGUKCAUCACAAAACAAGAUGAGAACAGAACUCAAACUGCUGCUGAGGCAACAAGUCCAAAUAUGUCCUCAGACAAAUCUGCUGCACAACAUGAAGAGCUUUCUGAGACUCAACUGUCUGUGGUUACAGUCACCAAGACUGAGUCACUGUUUGGUCCAGGCAGGUCAGAAAACAAUGAUCAACAACACAAAAUUUUACCUCCCAGACGUAAAGCAAAGACUUCAAAACAUCCACCUAAACAUCUGGAUCAGCCAACUGCACAAAGAGAGGAACUCAAACAACCAGCUGCACAAUCAGAGGAACUCAAACAACCAGCUGAACAAUCAGAGGAACUCAAACAACCAGCUGAACAAAUAAAGGAGGAACUCAAACAAUCAGCUGCACAAUCAGAGGAACUCAAACAACCAGCUGCACAAAUAGAGGAACUCAAACAACCAGCUGCACAAUCAGAGGAACUCAAACAACCAGCUGCACAAACAAAGGAGGAACUCAAACAACCAGCUGCACAAAUAAAGGAGGAACUCAAACAACCAGCUGCACAAUCAGAGGAACUCAAACAACCAGCUGCACAAACAAAAGAGGAACUCAAACAACCAGCUGAACAAACAACUGAGGAACUCAAACAACCAGCUGAACAAACAACAGAGGAACUCAAACAACCAGCUGCACAAACAACUGAGGAACUCAAACAACCAGCUGCACAAGUAAAGGAGGAACUCAAACAACCAGCUGCACAAACAACUGAGGAACUCAAACAACCAGCUGCACAAGUAAAGGAGGAACUCAAACAACCAGCUGCACAAACAAAGGAGGAACUCAAACAACCAGCUGCUCACGUAAAGGAGGAACUCAAACAACCAGCUGAACAAACGAAGGAGGAACUCAAACAACCAGUUGCAGAAAUAAAGGAGGAACUCAAACAACAAGUUGCACAAAUAAAAGAGGAACUCAAACAACCAGUUGCACAAAUAAAAGAGGAACUCAAACAACCAGCUGCACAAAUAAAGGAUGAACUCAAACAACCAGCUGCACAAAUAAAAGAGGAACUCAAACAACCAGCUGCACAAACAAAGGAGGAACUCAAACAACCAGCUGCUCACGUAAAGGAGGAACUCAAACAACCAGCUGAACAAACGAAGGAGGAACUCAAACAACCAGUUGCAGAAAUAAAGGAGGAACUCAAACAACCAGUUGCACAAAUAAAAGAGGAACUCAAACAACCAGCUGCACAAAUAAAAGAGGAACUCAAACAACCAGCUGCACAAAUAAAAGAGGAACUCAAACAACCAGCUGCACAAACAACUGAGGAACUCAAACAACCAGCUGCACAAACAGAGGAACUCAAACAACCAGCUGCACAAGUAAAGGAGGAACUCAAACAAACAGUUGAACAAACAAAAAAACCCAAACAACCAGCUGAACAAACAGAGGAACUCAAACAACCAGCUGCACAAACAAAGGUUGAUCUCAAACAACCAGCUGCACAAACAGAGGAACUCAAACAACCAGCUACACAAGUAAAGAAGGAACUCAAUCAACCAGCUGCACAAACAAAGGAGGAACUCAAACAACCAGCUGAACAAACAAAAGAGGAACUCAAACAACCAGCUGCACAAGUAAAGGUGGAUCUCAAACAACCAGCUUCACAAAUAAAAGACGAACUCAAACAACCAGCUGAACAAACAAAAGAACCCAAACAACCAGCUGCACAAACAAAGGAGGAUCUCAAACAACCAGCUGCACAAACAAAGGAGGAACUCAAACAACCAGCUGCACAAACAAAGGAGGAACUCAAACAACCAGCUGAACAAACAAAAGAGGAACUCAAACAACCAGCUGCAGAAACAAAGGAGGAACUCAAACAAACAGCUCCACAAACAACUGAGGAACUCAAACAACCAGCUGCACAAACAAAGGAGGAACUCAAACAAACAGCUCCACAAACAACUGAGGAACCCAAACAACCAGCAGCACAAACAAAGGAGGAACUCAAACAAACAGCUGCACAAACAAAGGAGGAACUCAAACAACCAGCUGAACAAAGAAAGGAGGAACUCAAACAACCAGCUGAACAAAUAAAACAGGAACUCAAACAACCAGCUGCAGAAAUAAAGGAGGAACUCAAACAACCAGCUGUACAAACAGAGGAACUCAAACAACCAGCUGAACAAACGAAGGAGGAACUCAAACAACCAGCUGAACAAACAAAGGAGGAACUCAAACAACCAGCUGCACAAACAACUGAGGAACUCAAUCAACCAGCUGCACAAGUAAAGGAGGAACUCAAUCAACCAGCUGCACAAGUAAAGGAGGAACUCAAUCAACCAGCUGCACAAGUAAAGGAGGAACUCAAACAACCAGCUGCACAAGUAAAGGAGGAACUCAAACAACCAGCUGCAGAAACAAAAGGAGAAGCUCAGAGUUUUAUUGAGCAAACCAAACGUAGUCAUAUGGAAUUUACAAAACUGACACAAAGCAAAACAUCUGUUCAAGGUUCUGAAGAGCAAUCAGCAGUAGUUCUGGAUCAAACUAGAGUUAUACCAACUAUGAAGAAGUCAAUGGGUCCUGAGGUUUCCACAGCUCCAGAAGUUGCUACUUCAACAAGUCAAAUUGCUGGUGAGGAGAAAACCCAACAAAAACCUGAAAAACAUACUAUUCCACCACAAAGGAAAAAGUCCAGAACAAACAUUUGUCCCAGUUUUACUGUAGAACCUCAGCUGAGUGAUAAACCUGAAUGUCUGAAGUCCUCUGCUACACGUAUUGAUCUGGAACAGAAACAAAUUAGGAAAGAAUCUGUUGGUCAUGAUUUCACAGGAGCAACAGAAAGUACCAGUUUGGAAAAAGGAAAAGUUUCACCAGCCAAAAGAAAGUCAAUAGGCAAGAAAACUUUGCAAGAAACAUUUACCAAAACUGGGACUGAUGAAAUCUUAGAAACUAGUGGAGUCACAUCUACAGAAAAAUCAGAAACAAAGAUCACAUUAACUAAGAGAGAGUCAAACAGUUGUGAUGUUUCUCUGUCAUUAAAGCCAGAUACACUCACUGUCUGGUCCGAUGAGCUGAACUCUCAGGAAACAAUAAAAGAACCUAAAAGUGUAGGAGUUUCUUCAACGGAACAUCCAGUUACACCAUCUACUGUUCAGGAAGAUAAGAAUUUCUUGCUCCCUGCAUCAGGAAACCUGACUUCUCAAGAACUUUCUUACAAGGAGAAAACACAAGCAACGACACUUUCAAGAAGUCACAAAACUGAAGGUACUGGUUCAGUGAAAACUGAGCUAACAGGUUCUGAUAGUCAGAAGCUUCCUGCAUCUUUACAGGUGGUCCCAACAACUGAAGUAUCUGAUGUGGAAAACAUAGAGCUGUCACCAGGCCACAAACUGUCAGAAGAUCUGAAACUUUCCACAGAUGCCAUGUUUUUGUCUGAAACCAAAUUUGAAACUACAAUCAUUGGGUCAAGAGAUCAACCAAUAGUUACCGCUUCUGCAAUAACUGAACCAACACCAGCCAGCAGGAAGAUGUAUACUCUCGGUGCGUGUGAAGAAACUGGAAAAGAACCUCAGACUGGAAAACCAGCUGUGAAAACCCAGGAGGGCAAAGGAAAAAUUGAAACUGUUGUUAAACCAGUUGAGCUUUCCCAAUCCAUAGGAAUGUCAGAAAGACCAAAACUUCCCCUGGAAUUUGUUGACAUUAAGUGUGAGAGUUCAUCUUUGCCUUUCACAGAGAAAACUGAAGUUGCUGAUUUGAACAUAUCUAAAAUGACAGAAAGUAGAAGAGAGAUGAUUAAUGUGAAGUCUUCUGCAGCUACAGACACCGUCUCCACCACUGAAAGAGAAACCUGUGUUGAGACCAAACAAUUAAAGGAAAGGAAAUCUGCUACUACUUCAGAAGUCCUGAGUGAAAACUCUGAUAAUGCAGAUGUGGAGACUCAAACAGAAGGGAGGACUCAAAUUCAGGUCGCUGAAGAUCAGGAUCUCCAGGAAAAGAAAGUGGUCACAGUAAUUCUUGAUACAUGUGAAGUGUUUGAUCAUAUUACACAUGCUCAUCACUAUGAUGCUGAAAGUUGCACUUUGAUUUCUCAUUCUUCUCAUACAGAAGAACUUGAGUCAGAAGGUCUACCCACCUCAAUAACACCACCUAAAACAGCAGACCUUGACCUUCAGGUCCCUGAGUCCAGUGUUAAAAAGCAAACCACUGCCCAAAUGUCAGAAACACGUUCUAGAGCCAACUCUAAAACACAACUUCCUCUCUCUUUUGAUUCUACAGAUACACUGAAUAUAGCAGAUUAUAUUGACAAGCUAUGGACAAAUACUAAAGAGAACGAGACAAGAUAUUUGAUCAUUGAUGCAUCUGACUCAGGAAUCCUUCAGACAUACAAGACAGAGCUAGAUCAUGCAGACCAAGAAACUGUGACAACCAGUGAUUUCACUUCACCUUCAGCUGCUGUUUUGUCUCAUGAGGAAAGGACAGGAACACAUUUCUCUGAAGCUGAAAAAGCUACACCAGGUGGAACCAAGAGUCAGCUGUCCGAACAAGAAUCACCUCAGGAAAACCCUGAAGAAGCCAAAGAUAGUGAUACUCAGAAGGAAGAUGCAGCUUUAAAACCUGAUGCACAAGAAGCCCUGAGAGUUAUUCAGGAAGAACCUACAGAAUGCAUACUACAACUGGAUAUAUCUACCAGUCCAAAGGAGGAGGACACAUCUGUUGCAAGUGAUGAGCCAAGGAUGGAAACUGUGAUCCAGAUUGGAAAAGUCCAGCAGACCACUACUGCAGUUCAAGACAACAUUCCUUCGACAGACUCUGUUCAGCUCAACCUUCAUGCCUCUAAUGAACUGACCCAAGACAAGACAGAAUUUAUAGAGAUAAGCCUUUUUGAACAAGAUCCAGUAAAACCAAGCAAAACCGAGUCUGUGCUUGAGUCUACAAAUGCCAGCAAACACGUUAGACCAGAUGAACCUUCUGCUCUGCUGACUCAUGUUAUCAACAGUUCAUCCAGAAAAACUACARCUGUUAUUAUGUCAGAGAAAUGGUUUUCAGACAGGGCUGAGACUGCAGCUCAACAUCCCACCUCUCCAGUUUAUGAGUCAAUACAACCUAACCAGUCUACAUUCAUGGAAAUCAGCUUGUAUGAGCAGGAUGCAAGUCCAAGUGGAACAAAGACUGUGGUCUUAGGGACUGCACAGGAACGACAGGAACAGAGUGAAGAACCUCCUGUAAUGAUUAAACAUGGAGGGAAUGAUUUGGAAGAAAAACCUUUUGAGGCAGAGAAAAUCCAUUUGGAGCAUGAAGGUCCUGUUUUACGAGUAGAUAUACUGACCUGCCCUGAGGGACCCCAAAACCUUUGUGUCAUACAAGAACCAGGAGAAGAUCUAACUCCGACAAGGACCCAGCAUGAAGGAGUGCCUGAAGACAAAUAUAAGACUGCUGCUGACGUUCAUCCAAAGGAGGAGGCAAUGAGAAGAGGAGGGGAGGGGCAACAUCUCAGCUCUGUAUGGGAAGAAGACCAUCUUCAGAGUGACUCCAGUCAGCAUGUGUCUCCUGGUUCUGAAGAAGUCCCAUCAAGUGAUGCAGGGACAACAUCUGGAGAAACAAGUGAGCAAGAAACUUCAAAAGUGACAAGUCCAGAUACGUUGAAAACAACUCAAGACAAACCAGAAGAUGUAUCCAGAAACCUUGAUGAGCAGUUUACUGCAGUUAAAACCAUCCUGAGAGGAGAGCGAGUUUCCAUUAAACACCCCGGUACAUCAGAAAAACAAAUCACAUCUGGGUCAGAAACAAGUUUCCAGAGUGGCAAGGUGACAGAAGAAACCCAUCUGACCUCUGUGGAGGAAGGAAAUGUUAAAGAACUGGAACACCAAGAGCCAGUUAAAGUGAGUUCAUCUGAAAAGAGCAGAGAGGAAAUGAGUCAAACUGAUCCUCAGCUAGAACCCUACAAGCUCACACUGGAACCCUGUGAGGGAGUUAAAGACUCUGAUGUUAAACAGUCUGGACCUUCACUAGACCAACUGGACCAUGCAUCAAAGAUCUCAGAUAAAACUUCAGUUGAAGAGAGAACAGAGGUGGAGGUCCGAUCUGCUGCACUGAAAGACAGAGAAGAUGUAACUGCAGCUGAAGUUCAGCCUGACUGGUUCCUUACUGAACCCACUUUGGUUCUUAAAGUCCAGAUAGAGGAGGGCAUGGCUGGUGUAGGAGAAGAGCACAGGUUGAUAACUGAGGAACGUGAAGAGAUCCCACUCCACAGAAUUCUUCAGCAUGGGAGUUUACCAGUCCUGAAGGAACCAGUCCUGAAGGAACCAGUCCUGAAAGACCCAGUCUUGAAAGACCCAGUCCUGGAGGAACCAGUCCUGGAGGAAUCAGUCCUGAAAGACCCAGUCCUGAAGGAACCAGUCCUGAAGGAACCAGUCCUGAAGGAACCAGUCUUGAAGGAACCAGUCCUGAAGGAACCAGUCUUGAAGGAACCAGUCUUGAAGGAACCAGUCUUGAAGGAACCAGUCUUGAAGGAACCAGUCCUGAAAGACCCAGUCCUGAAAGACCCAGUCCUGAAGGAACCAGUCCUGAAGGAACCAGUCCUGAAAGACCCAGUCCUGAAGGAACCAGUCUUGAAGGAACCAGUCCCGGAGGAACCAGUCCUGAAAGACCCAAUCCUGGAAGAACCAGUCUUGGAGGAACCAGAAGGAACUGCCAUGGACAACAUGUUCACAGAAAUCCUGUUCCUCUCUAGAACAGGAGCCAUCAGUCAGAUCACUCAGAGUACACCACAGGAAGAUGCUCCAGAGGUUCUCCUCACAUCCAGCAGGGAUUUGAACUUUCUGCUCAGCAGAGUACUUUCAAAGGUUCUGAGCAUCAAGAACAGUCCUGCUGAGCUCAGCCUGUCAGCCAUGACUCAGCAAGUGGAGGCUGCUCAGGAGUGUAAAGAUGUUGCACAGCUUCAGGUGUCGGUGGUCUCUCAGCUAAGAGAAGCUGAUGCUGCAAACAAGGAUGUUCUGGAUCCUCUGGGGGACCAGUGGAGCGCUGUGGUUCAGGAUGCAGCUGCUGUGAUCCAGAGUAAAGAAACCCAGCUGCAACUGGUGUCUGAUUUUUGCGCACAAACCCAAAGAGCAAAGAGCAAGCUGGAUCAGCUGACAGCAGAGCUGGAUGCAGUGAACAAGUCUCCAGAGAACAGCAGUCAAUCAGAGGCCAGUCGGCUGACCUCCUUACAGAGAAGUUUGGAGGAGAACAGGACGAUACUUGGAGAGUUGCUUCUGAUUCAUACCAGCAUGUGUCUCAUCCUCUGCCCCUCAGACAGAGAAACUGCCCAGACUGAGCUGAAGAACCUCCAGGAGAAGUGGAGCUUAUUAGAAAGGACUGUUCAGAGCUCUGUUCAUCACACAAACAUCUUUUCUGACCACAGCAGCACCCUUCUGUCAGAUCUCACCAGCUUACAGGAACACCUGGAAAAUCUCAGGAAAGACCUUGAAGCCAAAGCUCCCUUAGGUGCUCAGUGGAGUUACAAGGAGGCGCAGCAGCUGAUGGAGGUAAACGCUGAACUUAAAGCAGUCCAACAACAGUACCAAUAUUUACAGCAGGUGUCAGAAGAGUUGCUCCUCUGCUGCAGAUGGAAAGAAGAAUCAGAGAAAAUGCACUUCAGGCUCCAGGAGAUCAGAAAAAAACUGAGCCACGUAGAGGAACUCCUGUCCUCCCAGACUAAAACCAGCAGCAACCCUGUGAUGGAGAAGAUCAUCACUGUGAUGAAGGACGCCCUGGCAACAGCCAAACAAAUGGAGAAGGACAUUGAGGCCAAGAGGAGGAGGGUGCCUCUUCUUCCAGAAGAGGUUCACCGGCAGCUCAGGGAUCUGAAGAAGCUGCAGUUUGAGGUCAUGGCCAAACAGGGUCAGCUGGAGUCUCUGGUAGAGGAGGUGACAGAGCUCCUACCACUGCUGGACCAGGCUCAGGAGGUACCAGUCAUCCACACUUCUCUGGAAUGCCUUGAAGAACUUUCCAAGUCCACCACUGAGAAGCUGUCCAAGGCCAUGAAAGAAGUGGAGUCUGGUCUCCAGACCAGAGAGAAGCUGUCUGAGCAGAUUGCUGACCUGGACUCCUGGAUUCUGGCUCAUCUACAGUCAGAGGCUUCGAGACGAGCAGACAGUGAACCCCUGAGUCCAUCUGAACUGGACCGCAGAGUUCGUCACAUUCAGGAAACACUGUGUGAAGCUGAGAGGCAGGCAGCGGUGUGUGAGGCACUGUUAAUGAAGAGUAAAGACAUCAGAUCUGAACUCAGCAUCACAGAAACAUCUCAGCUGUUUGACACAAUCAGGAACCUCCAAGAGGAUAUCAGAGCCAUCAGCAGAAGGGAGAAGACUGAAAAGGAGGAACUGGAAGAACUCAUGAAGACCACAGAUUCAAGAAGGAAAAUGUUGUUGGUUGUUGAACAAAGCCUGAGGCAAAUCUCUGUAGAACUGGGUAGAUACAGGUUCCCCAUCACCAGAGAGUGCCUCCAAGCUUUAGGAACUUUUAAACAACAGAUUUUGGAACAUAAGUCUCAGGUUGACCUUCUGAAACCAUGGAUCCCCCAGGAAAAGACCAAUGAGAUCAAGUCUGCUAUUUCUGACCUUCAGAAUAAAAUCUUUACCCUGGAAAUAAAAGUCAGGGAUCAUGAGAGUUUUCAGGACAUGAGGCAAUCUGUGGACAUCCUCAGAGAGAAUAUUCAGGAGCAAGUUCACCAGACUAAAGAUGAGACCAGAAACCUGGAGGACAGGUACAAGAUGUGUCAGACCCUCCUGGUUCAGGUUCCUUUGAUGAAAGAAUUCUGUAGACAGGUUGGAUCCAAACUCCAGAUUAUUUCUGCAGACCUUUAUCCCUCCCAGCUGGCAGCUGAACACCAGAGGCUGAAACAAACUGAAGACAACCUCCAAACAUUAGAGCUGAUGCUCCUCAACAACCUCAGUCUCAUUGAGUGGAACAUGCUCAAAGACCUGGAUCUUGAAUCAGAAAGAAAAGCCACUCAGUCAUUCCUGUCCAGGACUCAGAAGAGGCUUCAGAACUUCUGUUUACUGGAUCCAAACCAAACUGAGAUUGACAAAGAAUAUCAUAAACUUAUAUCUUUAAAAAAGACAGUGGAGCUAAAACUUAGAGCAUUUGAGCUUCUAGAGAAAAAGAAGGCAAGCAAACUAACAUCUGAACAUCUGCUGGACUUAAAGAAUGCAGUCCUCACACAAUGUGACACAAACAUGGAGAAGGUCCUUCAUGGCAGACAGUGCUUCAGAAGCUACAGUGCUGCUGUUAAAGACACAGUGCAGGUCCUGCAGGACAUGGAGCUCUCGGUCCUGACCCUUCAGGACUCGCCUGCUGUCUGCUCUGACAGUGUGGAAGAGACUCAGCAGAUGUUGACCUCCCUGCAGCAUCACUUCCAAACCCACAUGGAGCAGCUGCAGAGCCAGGCUGCCCUGCAGACUCUCCUGUGUCCUCAGAAGUUUCAGAAGCUCCAUGAGACAGUUGUGAGCACCCUGCUGGUCCAGAUGGCCACUCUGCAGGCCAAAGGUCACGUACACCUGGAGCGUCUCAGCAGGUGUGCACAGCAGCACAGGAACUACACAAACUGUCGAGAUGAAGUCCUCCAGAAGAUCACGAGUGCAGAAAACCGAUUCUUCGAGAUCAUCAGUGAAAAAGUCACCUGUCUGCGUGAAUGCACCGAGCAGGAGGCCGAACUCAGAGUUCUGUCUGAGGAGACAGAGGCGCUGCUGGAACAUCUGGAGCAGCUGAGGGAGUGGUGUCCAGAACAGAGCUGUCGUGGAGGCAGGGAGGCUGCAGGCACCUCCACCUGCAGACGGGUGUCAGGUUUGCAGCGCUGCAUCCAGAAGCUGGCAGCACGGAGCAGACAGAGGAUCACAGAGUGGCUCAGCAUCACGGACAGCGUGGAGAAAGCCUGUGUGGUGUUGGAGAGGGUGGAGGCGGAGCUUCCUGACUGCUCCAAGGUGAAGGCGUCCUCCGAGGAGCUGCAGGACCUGCUGCAGGCCUGGGAGCAGUACCAGGACAGACUGGACUGUGAACACCGAGCGCUGUCUGCGCUGGAGCUGCGCGCGGCCCGCUUGCUGGGAGUCCCCGCCCACCUGGAGCAGGCUCCUCCCACUCCACUCUGUCAGCAGCUGCAGCAGAUGCAGAGCAGAUWUAACAGUGUGAAGCAGAAGAGCAGCGAGGGUUUGCUGACUGCUAGGAUGGAGCUGGAGGACAGAGAGAAGGUCCACGAGGAGCUGCAGGUGGUUCGGGUUUGGCUGGAAGCUGCAGACAGUGUGCUGUCAGAGAUGGAGCAGAGCAGCAGCUCUCAGCAGCUGCAGGAGCUGUACAGCCACAUGUUUACCCAUAAGGCUUUGCUGCAGCGCAUCACGGACAGCCUCAGGGUGAAAUACUCUGAGCCAGACACCCCGGUACCAGCUGAGAUUGACAGCCAGUUACAGGAAGUGACAAAGUCCCUGCAGGAAGUAGAACUAAAGGUGGGGGAGGCGGUGAAGAGGAGCGGUCCGGUCCACAGGCUGGGAGUAAAGCUGUCUGAUAUCCAGGCUGGGCUGAAAUCAGUCCAGAGCCGCCUGGAGGACCGGAGUCCAACUGUGGCUGAAGCGAAGCUCACUCAGAAGCGCGUGUGGGACGGCCUGGAUGUGUGGCACUCCAGACUGGCAGCUCUGGAGGUAGAAAUGCAGGACUUGGAGAAACCGGAUGAGACUCUGGUUCUGACAGAGAGACUGGUGGAGGUCCAGCAGCUCCACUCCCUGGUGUCCAAACAGGCUGAGCAGAGGACCACCCUGCUGAGCAAGACCCACAAGUGGCUCCAGGAGCAUGAGGAGAUGAUCAGCAGCUCCAACAGCUGGAUUGUUGAGGCUCAGUCGUGGCUCUCUGCUCCGUGCACGUACACCUCAGCUAAGUGUUUGAGGAGCCACGUGCACACUCUCCAGGUGGUGUUGGACGAUGCGGGUCAGAUCAGGAAGACGCUGCAGGGCUUCGGUGCCGUCCUGGGGGACAUGUCUCAGCUCUGUGAUGUCACGGCUCUGCAGGAGCAGCUGGUCCGUGCUGACCGCCACGUGGCCCAGGUUCAGGACAGUUUUACGGCUCCUCUGUCUCAGCUGGAGCACGCUGCUGCAGAGGUGGAGGCCAUCGAAAGUGAAGUCAGGCAGAUGGAGAGCGAUGUCGCUGAAAUAAAAACCAUGUUGUCCUCUUCAGAGGCCUUGCCCAGCCCCAGAGAGGACACUCUGAAGACGAUUGAACAGAAGAUCCAGUCCAUGAGGAGAACUGUGGCUGAGAUCCAGAAAUGUAAACCAGACCUCUGUCUUCCGGACAAGGCAGAAGAGACUCUGAUGGUCUUUAAAGUAGUGGACCAGCUCCAGGCUCUGCUGCUGGACCUGGAGAAGAAAAUCCCUGCCCUGUUCAUCCAGCAGCCUCAAACUCCAGUUCAAGAAAAAAUGUCAGCUAAAGUCCAAGGAUCCUUUUCUGCUGAGGGCGAGGAGGAGCAGGGUCAGAUCACAGUAGUACAUGUAGGGGACGACAUCCUGAAGAGAUCUGGAGGGACUCUACGGACGGUGCAGCAGUCCUGUCCAGAACAGAGACUGACUCCUGAACCCACCUGGCAGCAGGAGCCUGAGGGCGAGCUCCAGGCUGAAGAAACCAAAGAGAGUGAAAGCAGUGAGGAGCUGAGAGGGGAGAACUUUGGAACAAGUGUUUUCUGGUGGCUCUGGGAUGCUUUCCUGCAGGGAGCUUCUCCAGAGGAACCAGGUGCGGCUAAAGACACUGAAGGUGCUUCUGGUCAAAGCAUCAAACAAAGAGCAGAAGAUAAAAAGGAUGUUGAGAGCUCCACUGGCACCGCUGAAGCAAGUUCACCUGAAGCUUCAUCAGAACCUGUGGGCACUGUCAGAACCCAGUCCCAGUCUGAGAUGAUGGGAAACCCAGCUGUGACCGUAAACGUGUCCAAGCCUGACUCCAAGUCUCAGCACAGAUGUUUAAUUUCAUAGAAACUCUUGUUUUUCUUCUCAGUGUUUCUCUGGUUCCAUUAGAACCUUCAAACGGUCAGGUCUUCUCUAAGACCAGCUCCAGAGCUUCCAGGAUCUCAGUCCUUUAACUUUAAUAUUCAGGUGUUUGUUUGAAACUCCAGAAAUCUUCUAAUUUGUCAACUCUCCAGUUGGACUCUAGAAAAUAAGAUUAAAUCUUUAAGAUGAA